AUGGAAUUCGGAUCACCCCAAGAGCCUCCGUCGAAGAAGCGAAGAUUUUUCAAGGAACCAGCGGACGGGGAGUCCUCGGAUUUGGUCGGGUUGGGCCCGAAUGUUGGCAGCUCGCCACGAGACAAGCGGCCCUUCAAAGAUGAGACUGAUGCUCGUACUGCCUUGGCCGAGAUUCCCGAAAAUGGCACAACAGCAGAUCGAGCUGCAGCAUUGCAGAACGAUCCGGAUGCGAAGGUCUUGCCUUCCUCAGUAACGUUCGACCAGGAAAUGUUUGAAAGUUUCGUUGGUGAGCCUGUUCGCCCCGAAAUACUCGCCCUUAUUCAGGAUAAAUGCGGAGACAACAUCGAGCGAGCAGUCAACAUGUAUCUCGAUGGCGCAUACAAGAAUAAUCAUGAUUCCUCUCGCUUUGGAGUUAUGAAUAAAUCGCCGGCUGCCAGUUCAUGUCGAGGGGGUCUGGUGGCGGAACCACCAGGACACGUGGCUCCCGUUGCUCGGUCGAAGAUUCCUCGUUCCCGAUAUAUAGGCGCCUUCGGAGUCGAAGGCUGGGCAACUCGAAGCGGAUCCAACAUCAUAAAGCACGGAGAUGUCAUCAAAAUUGAACGUCAGAAGAUACAGCCGCCCAAGCCGCCCAAGAUUCAGGGUCAGCUCAAAGGGCCCAACACUCCUGUGCGGAACAACACAGCUGCAUCACGGCGAGUUGACGUAAUAGUUCGAUUCACAACUCGGGCUGGAAUGGAAAUCGGGCGGCUCGCCAAGGAUACGGCGAACUGGGUGUCGACUUUAAUUGACCAAAAGGUGUGCACCUUCGAAGGGACCUGUGUGUAUGCGCCCGAUCGGCUUCGAACCAACGACACCAUCUUCAUUCAACUGCGUUGUUCGCUGUUGAGCUCGGCGUUUGACAGCAGGAACUUUCAACUUCCAGAUGUUAGGCCGGGCGGCACCUACUUCUCUGAACAGAGCGAAACGGCGGAUGAGAAGGAGCUGAGGCUGCGCCAGAUCGCUCUCGUAAGGUUGCUUCAAGAGAUUAACCUGCAACCAACCUUGGCAAAUUCUGCGACAAAGGAUUCGCGGACGGGGCUUCUCAAGGCCGCCGAAAUGGACGAGCUGAAGCAGAAAGAAGCGACGAAAGCGACGGCGACGACGACGACAAACGGAAAGGACACAGGAUCCCCACCCCAUGGUUCCGAUUCCGAGGAAGGCGAAGAGCUUGAGCAAGACCAACUUGACGCACUGUACAGAAAAGCGCAAUGUUUCGACUUCAACACACCGGAAGCGGAGCCUGCGGACACAUUCAACAUGAUUCUUCGGCCGUACCAGAAACAGUCGCUUCACUGGAUGAUUGCCAAAGAAAGGGACGAGCGAAGCAACCGAGAGCCUUCCAUGCACCCUCUGUGGGAAGAAUACAUUUGGCCGGUGAAGGAUGUGGACGACAAGGACUUGCCCGAUGUCGAGGGCCAGUCCAAAUUCUACGUCAACCCAUACUCUGGCGAACUAUCGCUCGACUUCCCGGUUCAAGAACAGCACUGCCAAGGAGGCAUCUUGGCAGACGAAAUGGGCUUGGGCAAGACGAUCCAGAUGCUUAGCUUGAUUCAUUCUCACAAGUCCAAGAUCAGUCGCAAGUCGGCCCAGAGCUCUGGGCUUGGUGGUAGGAACCAGCUGGCAAGACUGACCGGUAACUCUGCCAGUGUCCUUGAUGCACCUCAUACUACGCUGGUCGUCGCUCCCAUGUCCCUUCUCGCGCAGUGGCAAAGUGAGGCUGAGAAGGCGUCGAAGCAAGGGACGAUGAAGAUCGAGCUGUACUAUGGCAACGAAAAGGCAGGUAAUCUGCAGGCGAUGUGCUGCAAUGCAAACGCAUCCUCGGCUCCUGACCUGGUCAUCACGAGUUAUGGCGUUGUACUAUCCGAGUUCAGUAACAUAGCCUCCAGGAAGGGCAGCAAGUCGGUGCACGAUGGGCUGUUCUCGUUGAAUUUCUUCAGAGUCAUUCUUGACGAGGCGCAUCAUAUCAAAAACAGGGCAUCGAAAACGGCGCGAGCGUGCUACGAAAUCUCGGCAGACCACCGCUGGGUGUUAACCGGAACACCGAUCGUCAACCGGCUGGAGGACCUGUUUAGCCUGGUCAAGUUCCUCGGGGUGACGCCUUGGAACAACUUUUCGUUCUGGAAGACCUUCAUCACUGUGCCGUUCGAGUCCGGGGACUUUAUGCGAGCGUUGGACGUGGUGCAAACCGUUCUGGAGCCCCUAGUGAUGCGACGAACCAAAGAUAUGAAGAUGCCUGACGGGCGGCCUCUCGUAUCCCUUCCGCCAAAGAAAAUUGACAUUGUCGACGUUGAGCUGUCGCAGGAGGAACGAGUGGUGUACGACUACAUCUUUACCAAGGCAAAGAGAACGUUUACCAAGAACAUGGAAGCCGGCACGGUCAUGAAGGCCUUUACGACGAUAUUUGCACAAAUUUUGCGGCUACGUCAAUCCUGCUGCCACCCCGUACUGGUCCGUAAGAAGGACAUUGUUGCCGACGAAAUCGAAGCCGGGGCGGCAGCAGAUGCGGCGGCUGGGCUGGCGGACGACAUGGAUCUCGAGUCCCUCAUUGCGCAGUUUACGGCGACGACGGACGAGGCUGCUAAGGAAAACAACGCGUUUGGUGCGCACGCACUGGAUGAAAUCCGGCAAGAGUCGGAGAAGGAAUGCCCUUUCUGCCUUGAAGAGCCGAUGAAGGAGCAGCUGGUGACGGGGUGUUGGCAUUCGGCCUGUCGGAAGUGCCUUCUCGACUUCAUCAAGCACGAGAGCGAUCGUGGCGUGGUUCCCAGGUGCUUCCACUGCCGCGAGCCGCUGGUCAAGAGAGACUUGUUCGAGGUUGUGAGGCAUGACGACGACCCUGAUGCCUUUUCCAAAUCACGCAUCAGCCUCCAGCGACUAGGCGUCAACCACUCGUCGGCCAAGGUGGCGGCCCUGAUACAGCACCUGCGGGCGCUGCGACGGGAUCAUCCGAAAAUGAAGUCGGUGAUUUUCUCCCAGUUCACUUCGUUCCUGUCGCUCAUCGAGCCAGCCUUGACGCGGCACAACAUCAGGUUCCUGCGUUUGGACGGAAGCAUGGCGCAGAGGGCACGGGCGGCCGUGCUGGAGGAGUUCUCGGAGAAGAUGGGCUUUACGGUUUUGCUGAUCAGCCUGCGCGCCGGCGGCGUGGGCUUGAACUUGACGAGCGCCGGUCGGGUAUUCAUGAUGGACCCUUGGUGGAGUUUUGCCGUCGAAGCGCAGGCAAUCGACCGGGUCCAUCGGUUGGGACAGGAGGGCGAGGUUGUGGUCAAGCGGUUCAUCGUCAAGGGAAGCGUGGAGGAGAGGAUGCUCAAGAUCCAGGACAGGAAGAAGUUUAUAGCCACUUCAUUGGGGAUGAUGAGCGACGAGGAGAAGAAGCUGCAGCGGAUCGAAGAUAUCAAGGAGCUGUUGAGCUUUGACGACGGGAAACGGGUACAAGGCAGUCAGUCGUAA